AUGAGCUUACUAAGGCAACCAUCAAACAAUGACAUCGGCCCGUCCAACUCUAUGUCUCAACUUGAACCAAACACCAAAACCAUCCCAUCAGCCACGCAUACCAAGUUCUCGCCCCCAUCUACCCAUCGGCCCAAGCAAAUCUCCCCCCCUUUUCUGGCCGCCCAAGUUUACUCGCCGCUGGCCCCGGCGCAUUGUGCGCUGAACAUGGCCCCGGCACUCACCAUCUCGACAAACAUGAACAUGGACUCCCGACCCUCGUCGCCCGUGCCGCCUCCCAUGUCACCCAUCACGCCCACCCUGCCUCCCGCGCAGCUCUCCAGCGACGCAGACAAGGACACAACUGCCGCCGCCGUGCCCGUGCCCGUGCCCGUUCCUGUUCCUGUGCCGCCUGCCGCCGCCGCGGCGCAACAACAACAGCCCGCGCGCUCGACCCUGUCGCACUCGCAGCCUGAUCAAGUUGGCCUGCCGCCGCCGCCCUCGAAGCCCAUCGAGUUCGAGACCAACCCGGACGUCAUCGCCCUCAAGUCGGCCAUCGCCGUGCUGCAGAUGCAGCGGAUGCGCGCGACGGCCGACAUCCAGGCCCUCAGCCAGAUCAAGAACGAGGCCGUGGAGCACCCAGACGAGUUCGCCCGUGACUUGGCCAUGGGCAAAGUCGGCCGAGGGGCGCAACCUGACGACGAGACGACCCGUGCGUGGGUCGCGCAACCGAUACCAAAGGCCCAGGAUGUGGUCCGCUGCCCGCCCAUCAACUGGUCGCAGUACGCAGUCGUGGGCGAAUCUCUCGACAAGUUACACGCCGAACAGGUGAGCCGGCCUACGCAGGGCACGCCGGCGACCAUGGGCGCUGGGGGCGUGUAUCAGUUCAAGGGUGGCGAUGGCAAGCAAGAAGAAUACCCCGGCGUGGCAGCUCCGUAUGCGCCGCUCAAGGACAAGAUUGAAAAGAAGACGAAGAGUAGGAAAUGA